UUCUUCAGCAAAAGCAUAAGAAAGCCUAGAAAGCCUUCUCUUUCUCUAAAUAGAGAAGAGCAACGGGCGAUUCUGAAGCUGAUAGUGCGCCAGAAUGAGUUUUCCGAAGAAUCGUCGGUUGAAUUGAGGUGCCUUGAAUUGGGUGAGAAAACCAAAGUUAACUUCCUCCAGGUUCAAUCAACUGAUUCAUAUUUGAAGCAGUGCGGAUCUUUGCUUUUUCCAUGGGAAUCUUUGAAGAAAUGGGUUUCUGUAGCAAUCUUGAUUUUCUCCCUGCUCCUCCUGUGGAGGAAAUGAUUUCUGAGCGUGAACCUGAGGCAACUAUUGAGGAUGAUUAUACCGAUGACGAGAUGGAUGUUGAUGAGCUUGAGAGGAGGAUGUGGAGAGAUAGAAUGCUUCUGAAGCGGCUCAAAGAGCAGAACAAAGCUAAGGAAGGGAUUGAUAAUGCAAAGCAGCUGCAAUCACAGGAACAAGCCAGAAGGAAGAAGAUGUCUCGGGCACAAGAUGGUAUCCUGAAAUAUAUGCUGAAAAUGAUGGAAGUUUGUAAAGCCCAGGGUUUUGUCUAUGGGAUCAUUCCUGAGAAGGGGAAGCCAGUGAGUGGAGCAUCUGAUAAUCUUCGGGCAUGGUGGAAGGAAAAGGUAAGGUUUGACAGGAAUGGCCCUGCUGCCAUUGCUAAAUACAAGGCAGAUAAUUCAAUCUCUGGUAAAAAUGAAGACUCUGGUACUGCAGCAUCCACACCUCAUACCCUGCAGGAGCUACAGGAUACUACUCUUGGCUCACUUUUGUCAGCUCUUAUGCAGCACUGUGAUCCACCGCAGAGGCGUUUUCCUUUGGAGAAAGGUAUUCCUCCUCCAUGGUGGCCAACUGGGAAUGAGGACUGGUGGCCUCAGUUGGGUUUACCCAAAGAUCAAGGUCCUCCUCCAUACAAGAAGCCUCAUGAUCUGAAGAAAGCUUGGAAAGUGAGUGUUCUCACUGCUGUCAUCAAACACAUGUCACCUGACAUUGCCAAGAUCCACAAGCUUGUUCGUCAGUCUAAAUGCUUGCAGGAUAAAAUGACUGCUAAGGAGAGCGCAACAUGGCUGGCCAUUAUUAAUCAGGAAGAAUGGUUGUCUCGCAAGUUGGAUCCUGAUAGAUGCCCACCUGUCUCUACUGGUGGUAGUGGUUCUUUGGUCAUCAGUGAUUAUGAUGCCUGUGAUUAUGAUGUGGAUGGAGUGGAUGAUGGGUUGAACAUUGAAGUAGAGGAGGUAAAGCCUUCAGCUGCCAAUCUUUUAAAUAUGGUGGCUACUGGGGCAAGAGAGAGACAUAUAUUGCCACCAUUGGUUCCUCAGAUCAAGGGAGACACUGUUGUAACUGGCUCAGAUUUCAUCCAGAAGAGAAAGCAGCCUGCAGAUGAGCCAGGGUUAAUGAUGAAUCAUGAGAUAUAUACCUGUGAGUACCCACAGUGCCCUUAUAAUGAUCAACGCCUUGGGUUCCUUGACAGGACUUCAAGAAACAAUCACCAGCUGAACUGCUUAUAUCGUGGCAAUUCUUCUCAAGGGUUUAGCAGUAAAUCUUUGCAGGGUUCUCACAGAAAUUAUUCUCAAGAGUGUGGAAUAGCAAGUUUUCAAGUCAACAACAAACUGCCACCUUUUGCCCUACCCUUACCUCAACCAAAGGCAGCUAUUGGUUCACUAAUCCAGACUCCUCAGUUUAGUGUUACAGGACUUGGACUUCCAGAUGAUGGGCAGAAAAUGAUUUCUGAGUUAAUGUCUUUCUAUGACACUAAUCUUCAGCAAAACAAUGGUAUCAAUCUGAUUGCCUCAAAUGAUCAGAAUCAUCAGCAGUCACGCCAAGAGCAACAGAAGCACCUAACUCAGAUGGAUGAUAUGUUCCAUGGCCAAGUUAUUACAUUUGGAGGUAACAUGUCUGAAGGGACCAACAUAUCAGCAAACCAUUCUGCUUUCCCAUCAUCUGAAUUUGACUUUGACCGGUGCAAGGCAUUUGAUUCUCCCCUUGAUAGCAAUCCUAAUGAUAAUAUUGUUGGCUUCAGAUUUGGCUCGCCAUUCAACUUGGCCUGUCCUGAUUACACCAUGGAUCCACUGCAAAAGCAGGAUGGUUCACUGUGGUAUCUCUGAAGAAAGAAUCAGAAAUCCACAUGCUUUUUCUGUUAGUGGACUUCAGUAGAAGGGUAAAACCCUGUAUAUUCUUGGAAGGUGGUCAUGGUUACCCUGUUUCUGCUUGAAAUGGUUGAAGCUUCUUCCUUCUGAAUCUAGUACCAGUAAUUUUGUCCUGAUGUAGAUGCAUAAGAUCCUCGUGGACCUGGCUUUCCUUUGGCACCUUUCUUUUUUCAAGGCUGGUUUGUCUUGACUGGCUACUAGUGCAAGCAUUGAGGAAAGGAAAAAGACCACCGAAGAACUAGGAAGACUAGAAGAGGAACCAACCCAUCUAUCAGUAUUACUGUUGAAAUACUUAGACUUUCUUUGUUGUAGUUGAGUGUUUGGCAUGUAUACACUUAUACUAUACUCCUAUAUAUACGAACAGUUUUUCUGUAUGUUAUGCCCGUUUUUCUUCCCAGUGCCUCCUGUUAUGCAGUUU